AUGAUGAAAACCCCGACAGACCAAAUUUUGUCAAUCCUCAAGGAUAGAGACAUUUCAAUCAGGCGGGAUGUGAUUGACUCGGCUUUUGAGGAUGUCCGGAAUGUGGAAUGGGCGUCGAAACACCUCCGUCCUGACACCUUACUUUCAAAAGAGGAGCUCGCGCUAUACACCAAGCUCGAAAACUCUGGCACUCUCCAAUCCAUACUCCGCAACCCAGAACUCGGCGCGACACGGCCAAUCCUCGAAGAUGACCUCCGGCACGCGAUCGAGUCCCUAGAAGCCUCGACUGCAACAAUCCAGAAACAGACUGAGACACUGAAAUUUCAGUGCGAAAACCUCAAUAAGCAAUUACUUCGAGAAAACAAUGUCGAGCAGCAACGAAGCCGCGAUAUCGCUCGGCUGCAAAAGAAACAUGAAGCCGGCAGACAAAACACUACAGUGGCGGCCAUCGAGCUCUCCGAUGAGCUGGAGACCGAUUUUAGAAACGCGACGGACAAGUCGGGCGCGGAAAGUAAGAGGAUCCUCGCCUCUCUGUCAACCCGGUUGAAGCAAGAUGACAAGACUCUCGCGGGUCUGGAGGCCCUUAUGUCGAGCAUCAAGGUUCGCGACAAUGAUGCGUCUACGGUGAAGCGUACCAACCAUCUAAUUGCGAUGCUUUCCGACUACGUCGCGGAGGAGAUCCACUACCGUCUCGACCGACUAUACUUGGAAACCCUUCGUGCAGACUCGAAUUCCAGCUCGCUGGAUGGGGCUACGAGCACUGCACUGGAAGAAGAGCUCGAGUCUUUGUAUCCGGAGAUCGAGCUGCUGGCAGAGAUGUCGACCAGACAGCAGUUCCACGAACCCAUCCUUCGUGAACUUCAGAGAGAGCACGGGCAAUUGCGUAUGGCGUCCCAGGAGAAAUUAGAACAGGCCCUCGACAUGUUGAUCGAGAUGACACUAUCCAAGCAAGAUCUCGCGAAGCAGCUCGAAGUCCGAGAAUCAUCCUCAGAGCUGUUGGAACAAUUAGCCGCCUUAUAUCAAUCAGAGGCAGGCAGUGAACUCGUGACGCAACCCUCAUCACGACGAGAAUCUCUGCGACGACGUUCGCUACAGCCCGGUCUCAUACUUACUCCUCGCGCCUCCACCACGGUUGCAGUAGCCCAACCAGCAUUAGAAACUAUGUUAAGGCGCCGCCUGAAUCUAUACAGGGAGAGAGGGGGGGUCCACGAUCUCUACGAGAAGCGCCAUUAUAUGUGCGAGACCCUCAAAAGCCUCAAUACUGCAGUGGAGGGUCCUCUCUUGUCUCACUUGGUUCCGUUGGAUACUGCAUCUCAACUUCUGAGUUCUUCAUUGCAUAUCAAUUCCCAUUAUGAAACUUCUUUGCGUGAUCUUUCAGAGGAGAAGUCGCUGUCGGGCCUGGAAGCUGAAUUAGUGAGGCUGCAAAAUGGGGUCCAAAAGCUCAAUUUGGAUGUUCUACAUCGACGUGAUAAUCUGCAGGCUCAACUCAUUGCGCAGUGGAGAUAG